UGUCCCCUCCCAGCCCCGCGGCAGCGAUUGGCGGGGGCGUGAGGAGGCGGUUGACGUCAGCAGGGGGCGCCGGGCGGGAGCAGCCAUGAAGCACUACGAGGUGGAGAUCCUGGAUGCGCGCAGCCGCCAGAAGCUCUGCUUCCUCGACAAGGUAGAGCCUCACGCCACCAUCGCUGACAUCAAGAACCUCUUCACCAAGGCCCAUCCCCAGUGGUACCCAGCCCGGCAGUCACUGCGGCUGGAUCCCAAGGGCCGGUCCCUGAAGGAUGAGGAUGUGCUGCAGAGCCUCCCCGUGGGUACCACGGCCACCUUCUACUUCCGAGACCUCGGGGCACAGAUCAGCUGGGUGACGGUGUUCCUGACGGAGUACGCGGGGCCGUUACUCAUUUACCUGCUCUUCUACUUCCGGGUCCCCUUCCUGUAUGGGCCCCGCUACGACUUCACUGCCAGCAGGCACCGAGUGGUCCACCUGGCCUGUGCCUGUCACUCCUUCCACUACAUCAAGCGCCUCUUGGAGACCCUCUUCAUCCACCGCUUCUCCCAUGGGACCAUGCCCCUGCGCAACAUCUUCAAGAACUGCACCUACUACUGGGGCUUUGCUGCCUGGAUGGCCUAUUACAUCAACCACCCGCUGUACACCCCCCCCGCCUAUGGGGAUGAUCAGGUGAAGCUGGCGCUGGCCAUGUUCCUGUUUUGCCAGCUCGGGAACUUCUCCAUCCACGUGGCCCUGAGGAACCUGCGCCCUGCGGGCUCCAAGACGCGCAAGAUCCCGUACCCCACCCGCAACCCCUUCACAUGGCUCUUCCUGCUCGUCUCCUGCCCCAACUACACCUACGAGGUCGGCUCCUGGAUCGGUUUCACCAUCAUGACCCAGUGCCUGCCUGUGGCUCUCUUCUCGCUGGUGGGCUUUGUGCAGAUGGCCAUCUGGGCGCAGGGCAAGCACCGCAGUUACCUGCGGGAGUUCCGCGAGUACCCGGCCCUGCGCUCCCCCAUCGUCCCCUUCCUGCUCUGAGCACCCCC